ACGCAGUCGGACCUCAUGGACUGGGCCCACCGCGUUUAUGCUUUCGGGGUACAUUCACUGAACCGGUGUCCCUUCGGCCUCUGUUGCUUCGCAUAGACGAUAGGUCGAUCUGAGGGUUUCCGAGCAGCUGAACAAUGGCUUCCACCAGAACCCAAUUGCAGGACGCAGCUUUUCUCCCUUCUGGGUCUAGUUCCUGGAAAUACGACGUCUUCUUGAGCUUCAGAGGCUCAGACACCCGCCACGGCUUCGUUGAACAUCUCUAUUCGGCUCUGCGUGAGAUGGUCAUUUUCCCGUACCAGGAUGACCCGAAGUUGGAGAAAGGUGAAUCGAUUUCUACUGCGCUCCUGAAAGCCAUCGAAGAGUCGAGGCUUGCCGUCGUUAUUUUCUCCGAGAACUACGCUUCUUCCAAGUGGUGCUUGGAGGAACUCGUUAAGAUCCUCGACUGCCAGAAGACGAGGGGACUCACCGUUUUACCCGUGUUCUAUAAAGUAAAUCCCUCGGAUUUACAGAAACAAAGAGGAAGCGUUGGAGAAGCAUUCGCCAGACACGAGCGAGAUUCCAGUGAAGAGGAGGAGAAGCAGAAGGUGCGGAGAUGGAGGAAUGCUCUAAUGGAAGCGGCCAGCAUUUCUGGGUGGGAUUCAAAUACACACGGGCCUGAAGCAAAGCUUGUCCACGACAUUGUCAUUCAUAUUCUAAGUAUACUGGGAUAUAAUGGUUCAAGCAUUCUUGAAGAUGUUGUUGGAUUGUAUCCUCGUGUAGCAAAAGUGAUAUCACUAUUAGAAAUGGGAUUGGAGUUGGAUGAUCCACGUAUAGUAGGGAUAUGGGGAAUGGGUGGUAUAGGAAAGACUACUAUUGCCAAGGCUGUCUAUCACCAAAUUCGUUCUCAGUUUCAUGCCAGUUGCUACCUUCCGAAUGUCAGAGAAGCUGCUGGUGUGCAUGGCUUGGAGUCAUUGCAAAAAUCUCUUUUUAAAGACCUCUCGGUCUCAGACAAUGAUAUAAAAAUAAGAAAUAUUGAUGAGCCUAGGACAAUAAUGAACAGGGUACGGUGUAAGAGGGUUCUUGUAGUCCUGGAUGAUGUAGACCAUUCAGAUCAGCUGGAUGCCCUUGUUGGAAGACUUGAUCGGUUUGAUCCGGGAAGCAGAAUUAUAAUAACAACCAGAGACCGUCAUUUACUUGCCAGAUAUGGGAAGAGUAGUAGUGUCUACAGCGUUGAGGGACUAAAUGAUGAGGAAGCUUUUAAGCUAUUUUGUUGUAAAGCAUUCAGGAACAACCAGCCAACACCAGGUUUUGAGCAUCUCAUCAAACGUGCAGUUGAUUACGCCAAAGGAGUUCCACUAGCUCUUAAAGUUUUGGGCUGUUUUCUAAUUGGCAGAAAGGUAAACGAAUGGCAGAGUGCAAUCCAUAGAUUGGGACAAGAGCCUAAUCCAGAUAUUCAGAAAGCGCUCAUAUUAAGCUAUGAAGGACUGGCGCAUGAGGAGCAGGAAAUUUUCCUCGACAUUGCCUGCUUCUUUAAACGGUAUAGCGAGUACUACACAGUUGUGAAUAUACUGGAUGCUUGUGGUUUUCACACGGAUAUUGGAAUAAGGAUUCUUGAAGACAAGGCACUUGUAACUAUAAGAGACAAUAAGAUAGAUGUGCAUGAUCUGAUACAAGAAAUGGGACGGCAUAUUGUUUAUAAAGAAUCCUCAAAAGAGCCUGGUAGAAGAAGCAGGUUGUGGAAGUACGAAGACAUCUACGAUACACUCACAAAAAAAACCGGGACAAAAGCAGUGGAGACUAUAGUUUUUGAUUCUCAUGAAACAAAAGAGGUAUUCUUGAGUCCUGAUACGUUUUCAAAGAUGAGCAGAUUGCGACUGCUCAAGCUUAGUAAUGUUCAGCUUCCUGAUGGUCUUGACUACCUCUCCAAUGAUUUACGCCUUCUUGAUUGGCACGAAUACCCUUUAAAAUACCUGCCAUCAAAUUUUCAACCACACAGCCUUGUCAAACUAAAAAUGUCGAGUAGCUGCCUGGAACGACCUUGGAAUGGAACAAUGUGCCUAGACAAGUUGAAAUAUGUUGACCUCAGUUAUUCACUGUGCAUGCCGAAGAAUCUAGAUUUUACACAGGUAACAAAUCUUAAGGAAUUAAUUCUUGAAGGUGCGAACUUAGUUGAGAUCGACCCAUCCAUUGAAGCCAUAAAAAGGCUUACGUUCUUAAAUUUGAGGGGCUGCAAAUAUCUUAAGGUUCUUCCUAUGGGCUGGCAGCUUAAAUCCCUUAAACAACUUGUUCUUUCUGGUUGUUCAGAACUAAAAAAUGUUUCCAAAGUCUUAGCGUCUACAGAAUGCUUAAUUAAGCUUGAUUUGGAUGGGACUUGUGUAAAGGAACUGCCAGUUAAACAUCUCAGCAAUCUUCAAUUUAUUAGUCUGCGGGAUUGCCAAGAACUUACAAGUCUUCCAAGUGGCAUUUGUGGGUUGAAACUUCUUGCAAGUUUGAAUGUUUCUGGCUGCUCAAAACUUAGCAAGUUGCCUAAGAACCUAGGAGGAUUGGAGAGAUUGCAGGAACUUCGUGCUGAUUUUACUGCUAUCAAGCAACCACCAUUCUCAAUUAUACACCUGAAGGAACUUAGGGUUUUGUCAUUUUUGGGAUGCAAGGGAGGAGUAACAUCAACACAAUGGAAGUCACUGUUCUCAUCAUUUCAAAUUCAUCAAGAUCCCAUGGGUUUUGAGCUACCUGCUCUAUCAGGCUUGCACUCUUUGCUUUUACUAGAUCUCCGUAACUGCCACUUCUCAGAAGGAUUUCUCCCAGAUGACCUAGGCUCCUUAUCCUCAUUGCAGUGUUUAUACCUGAGUGGUGCCAACAUUAUCACUUUGCCAACAAGCAUCAGAGGUCUUUCUCAGCUUACCACUCUUGAAUUGAUGGAUUGCAAGGAGCUUAAAAGGUUGCCCAAUCUCCCGAAAAAUAUCGUUUCCAUUAAUGCAAGUGGAUGCACAUCAUUAGAAACAUUUCCUACUAUAUUGCCUAGAAAGCUUGCGGGGGUCAGUUUAAUGCAUUGUCAUACACUAUUAAAGAAUAGGCCCAGCCUCCCCCUUGAACUUUUAAGAAAUUAUCUUGAGCAGGGUUUUAAUGAUUUCCCAGAAUUCACUAUUAUUGUUCCUGGAAGAGAGAUUCCAAAGUGUUUCAGGUAUCAAAAUAAUAUGGGGCAUCAUGUUCGAAUCCAGCUGCUGCCAGAUUGGUAUCAAAGGCUCAGGGGUUUUGUUGUAUGUGCUGUUUUUGAAGCAAAGGCUCCUCCAAUUGAUGCCCAAGUCCAUGUGGAAUGCUACGGGAUGCGCAAUGAUGAUGUAAUCUAUGCCACGGAUAUCCUCAUUGGCAGCUUUCAAUUUCAGUCCGAUCACUUACUUUUUGAUUGCAUGGCACUUGGUGAAGGUAGUUGGAAGGUGGGGGGAUAUGAUUUGAAAACUUGGACUGAGAUCAUCUUUUAUUUUAGUAGUUAUAGUCCUGAAAUGUUUGUCCCAGAUAAAUGUGCUGUUCAUAUAGUAUAUGAGAAUGACAAAGAAUGGCCAGAUCCACAUGCAAGUGUUCAACAAUGGAUGCAAGGUAUUGUAUUGAAAAAGGGAAGUCGACAUAUCUUUGACUACAAGAUAGAGAUAGGAGAACAGUCGAAUCCUAAAAGACUGAGAGACACUGCUGACUCUCAGUCUGAGCUAUCAGAAAUUUCAUUUCAAAGUAUUGGUGAUUCAGCAGCUGAGCUAUCAGAAAUUUCAAUUCCAAUUAUUGGUGAUUCAGGAGCUGAGCUACCAGAAAUUUCAGUUCACAGUAUUCGUGAUUCAGCGGCUGAGUUGGACAUCAUCCAUCGUGUUUCAAGAGGCAAAUUUGAACCAGGUAGAAAUUCAUUCUGGCCCAGGUGGACCGAUGGGAGGAUUGAAGCAGUAGGAUUCGAUCAUCCAUGUUUCGGGGGUGGCAUAUGGUUCUCAGUGGCUAAGUCUCCGUGAAUUUGUGAAUUAUAUUGACGAGUGUUGUUAUAUCA